CCCUUUCCAUAAGUGUAACAUGCUCUGUCUUUAGAAUUCUAAAAGGAGGCGCUGUAGAGUUUGUCUUUGUAACGACUGUAAAGAGGAACAUAGCCAAGGUUCAUUUACACGCUGUUUCUGAGAGGUUGGGUUGCGGAGUGCAUAAGUGUGCAGUGUUUAAAAAAUCCUUGCUCGGAUAUCAUUAUUUCUGUUGGGCUAGAAAAUGACUGAUAUUGCGCCUCAGUCCUCACAUAUUAGUUCUUCUAAUGGAGAUGGAUCGCUUAUAAAAGCAGAAGCUCACGAGAGCAAAUGUUCUUCGACAUGUGCGGUCCAUGAGCUGAUUUACUGGCGUGAUGUAAAGAAGACUGGUGUUGUAUUUGGUACCGCCUUGAUCCUGCUGCUGUCAUUAGCCUUCUUCAGUGUGAUAAGUGUGGUUUCUUACCUCGUCUUGGCCUUGCUUUCAGUCACCAUCAGCUUCCGUGUGUACAAAUCCGUCAUACAAGCUGUCCAAAAAUCUGAUGAAGGCCAUCCAUUCAAGGCCUACAUGGAUGAGGAUAUAACCAUUUCUUCAGACGCAUUCCAUAAAUAUGUCGACUCUUCUCUUGUCCAUGUUAACAAGAUCCUGAAACAAUUGCUUCACUAUUUCCUGGUUAAGGAUCUUGUUGACUCCUUGAAGUUGGCAGUCUUCAUGUGGCUAAUGACUUACGUUGGGGCCGUCUUCAAUGGAAUCACGCUUAUUAUUUUGUGUGUUUUGGCCCUCUUCACUGUUCCUGUAUUUUAUGAGAAGUACAAGACUCAGAUUGAUCAUUAUGUGGGCAUUGCACGGGAUCAGAUUAAAACAGCAGUUGCGAAGAUUCAAACGAAGCUUCCUGGACUUGCAAAGGCCGGAACAGCGAAGCCCAAAGCAGAAUAAUUUGUUUUCUUUUGCUUUCCUUAUAAAAUGACCGUAAUACAUACCUAUGAAGGAACAUGCUCAGUGUCAGCUUGAGCAUGCAUUGCAAGCUUUUUUCUUUUGGAGAACAAAGUCCUGUUUGGUGCAGACGGAAUUAGACUAAACUCAAAAUCGGUGCCCUGCGAACAGAAGAACGUGGAGGAUAAAAACAGAAAUUGCUGCUGUCUUAGUGAUUUUAAGCGUUUUUAAAUUCUCUAGGACACCACUAACAGUUUUCUGUUUCAUUGCUGAUGUUUCUGGCUUGUGCUCUGCAGAAACAAGUCACUGUAAAUGUUUUUAUCACUAGGGAUACAUUGCACAUUAACCACAUAUUGAUUUUUAUUCUAAAAUUGUGCCAUUUUGUUAUAGGAACUAGAAGCAUGACCUUGGAACUACCAAGAUUUCAUUUUCACCAAGUAUAAGUGCAUGGAUGGUCGUUUUUCAUGGUGCUGCAAGUUUGUCAUUUCGUGCACAUUCCUUUGUGUGGCUUAAAGUUUAGGAGAUUUUUUUUUUUAAUUACCCUUUGUGCUAUUUUGAAAGGAGACAACCAUUGGUUGUGCCUUUGCUGUUCAGCUGUUUUUGUUGUGAAUGUAAUUGGCAGUCUUGGUAGAACAAAUGUAGUGUGCACUUGUUACACACCUAAGUUUUCUAAUGUCUUUGUCACAGUCCUCAUUCUAGAUUGAGUAUUGGCAAGAACUGGUAUAAUAGCAGUUUUGUUGGCAUCCACUAGGGAUGGGUUCAUAAAAAGCAUCGCGUUGAGUGCAGCCACUAAACCAGAGUCGCACUGCAUUUCUGUUCGUGGAAUGUAACCCUUGCAAAGGAGAAUUUAAUCCUGUUUGGACACCAUUUCUGAGAUUAGUCUAGUUCAAAUUUUUGUAACUUGUAUUUCCGGUUAGUGUAUGUCUUAGGAAAAAGUCUGUAACUGCUGUAAGCUCGUUCAGAAAUUUAAACCAACUGCAUGUGGCUUGUUUAACUAGUGGUGUUUAAAUUGAAAGUUGUAGUACACAAAGGCGAGUCACUGGAAAUUGAGUAACUUGGAUGUUGCCUUGUUGGCGAGCUUUAGGCAAUUUUAGUGCCCUUAGGAAAUGGGGUAUUUAAAAAUAGUCACUGUUGUAUGGAAUGCUUAAACAUCACUAAGUCAAAAUGAAUUUCACAAAAUUGCUUUCAAAGUAAGAUGUACGUAGUCUUUCUUUGUGAAGAGAAUGGGGCAGGUUUAUUGGCUUGACUUCUUGCUGCUGUGUUUCCUGUACUGUGCAUUAUUUACCUGAGCUUCUGUAUUGCUUGUCCAAAUGACUUGCAUAGCUACACAGUUUAACUUGCACUGCAUUAUAUUUUGCAGUGCCUGUCAGCGCAACUGCUGUUAACAGAAAUACUCCUUGGUCAACAGAGCAAAGCUGUUCAAGACUAGUGUAGUAGUGUUGAAUUUUCUCUAAGCAGAUAGUUCAACAUAGUUUUGUUUUCCCUUUGAUUGCCACAGUACUCUGAUUUUGUUUGGUGUUUAUGUACUCUCAACUAGAUCAUUCUAAUCUUUUCAGCGCCUUCCGCUUGAUGUCCACAAUGUCUUGCAACAUUGAUGGAUUAUUUUGUGCUUUUGACUUGCUCAUUCUAAUGGAAUUUUUUUAAGCAGCUUUAACAGAAUUUGCUGCAAAGUAGGAAAGAUUCGGGGUAUCUUUAAAACAGCAGAAUUGUCAAAUCCCAUGGUCAGAUUUGUAGCUCUACAAGUUCGUUAUGUAAUAGUAUGGAUGGUCCUGUUUUGUCACCAUUAAAUGUAAAAGUGCAGUGACUUCAGUACUUGGCUCCAUUGGAGCACUGCAUUUUCUUGUGGUGUGGACUACCCAGCACAUGCUGUUGGUUCGGUUUCCCGUGACUGUGGUGAAGGUUUGCUACUGAAAGGAAGUCUGAUCUGAGUGGGAUGGCAGGUUUUACUUGUUUUAUCUGGGACAUAACUAUAUCAGAUUACAGUAGUAUGCCCACUAAAGAGCUGAGGGAAUAUGUAGGUGAAAAAACCCUUACCUUCGUUGGACAGUUGGAGUCUUAGAACAUGCCAUUUGCCUUUUAAGAUCUGUGCAUUUUUAGAGUUUUGAAUGUAUUGUUUGAGCACUUCUGCUUCUGUCACUGUUGUAAAUCUGUACUGUUCAUCCUUUAUCUUAAGUUUAUGCUAGAUUCUCCAAGGCAUUUGAGAAUCAAGGGUUACCUUGACUGAGGAAGGCUGUCUUCUAGUAGCAGAAGAUGAAACUAAUUCCUACAAAUUCUGACUUGAAGCCAGUUGAAAAGGUAGGACCUGGGUCACAUGUUGUGUGUGCAAGGGUAAUAUUUUUAUCUAGGCUUUAACCAGUGUCAGGGUAGGUAUCCUGUCAAGGUUAAGACAGUGAUUUUUUUUCGGUUAUCUUAAUUUUCCAGGCCUAGUUAAGUCUGAGCUGCUUCUGUGGCAAGGAAAAAACUGCUUGAGGAGUUGAUUUGAAUGGCCGCUAGACUUUUUUUCCCCAACCUUGUUGGACCCGUUUAGUACUACAGGCCAAACACCAGGAUUUUUUUUGUAUUCUGUUACGAGUUGUCUGUAGAGUAAGGUGAUGUCUGUGACAGGCUGGUUUUUAAAUGUUGAAUGGUAAUUUUCCGUUCAGUGUAUGCGUGUGUGCAGCAUAUGUUUAACACAUGACAAGCUGGAGGUAUUCAAAUAAUUCAUGUGGUAUUAAUAAAAUAUUAGAAACCUU